CAGCAGGGGGCGAGAAAGUAGUAUGACGUAGAUUGAAUGCGACCUUGUACGUCAUCUCUACGCGAGUACGAAAACAUUCACGGCACCCGGUGGGAAUAUACAAAGGAACACCAGAUAUGGUGGAGAAGAUGGAAGAAAGUCCAAAGAAGCAACCAAAAGAAGGGAGCAAAAAUAAAUGGUCUGGACAUGGAGAGAAGCGGAAAAGCGACAGUGGUCCAGGGGGAGGUGGGAGGAAACGUCUGGACGCUCAAACCGUGGGCUACUUUCGGAGAGUCAGUGACCUGCUGAGUGAGGGUUUUAAUGGGGACGAGGAAAAAGUUCUAUUUGUUGACAAUGUGCUGAGAGAGAUGGAGGGACAGGCCACUAUGGUUGCCAUGGACAUGACGGGAAGUGUCACCCUUCAGAAGUUGCUGUCCUUUGCCAGUGUUGCCCAGGUUGGGCAUGUCCUAUCAUUACUCGCCGGAGAGGCUGGGGCGGGGUUCAAAGCUGUGUCGUGUGACCGCUGUGGUGGACAUGUGAUGGAGAGUGCUCUGAGACAGAUGUCCAGAUGGACAGACAACAGUCCCUCUGAGCAAGAGGAGCCAGCCACCACAGACGGCGACGACAACAAGGAGGCAGAUGAUUGUGGGAUGCUGGAGGAGCAGGUGCUGUCCAUAUGUAACGUGGUUAGAGAGAACCUCCUGGAAUUCAUCAGGAACACACACGGCUCCCAUGUGGUGCGCACACUGGUGCACGUGUUGGCAGGGUGUGUGGGCCCUGCACGCACAGACUCUCGUCCAGGUGGAAAACAUAAACAUGGCACCCCCAUCACACUGACAGACUUCGAAGCUCCUGUCUCUUUCUGGUACGAGCUGAAGAACCUUUCAGCUUGUUUGUUGGAGAAUGUCAAUGUGUGUGUAACUGACUGUAAUGCCAGCCCAGUCCUCCAGACAAUGUUGACAGUUUGUCACAGAAAAAGACCAAAGCUCCUAAAACAGAUCAACAAAAGCAUCAUGGAAUAUCUGACUGGUAUCAACUCUGCUCCCGGAGUCAGUCCUCUUAUAGUGUUUUUUAAAGACCAGACGUCAAGUCGUCUGCUUGAAACAGUAAUACAGUUUUCCCACAAGGCCUUGCUCCGUGAUCUCUACAAAGACCACCUGAAGACAAAGCUUGUGGACCUUGCCCUUCAUCACAUUGCAAACUUCCCCAUACAGAAGUUCAUAGUAGCCUCUGCUGAGCUGAAAGUGUUCACUAAAGUGUUUAAUGAGAUAGUGGAGGGUCUGGAGGCCAUCAUGGCCGCCGGUCACAUGGGCGUGGUGGUCCAGUUGGCCAAGAGCUGUGUGGAGCGAGAGGAAACGCAGGGGCCGAUGUUACAGAACCUCCUACAGGCGUUCCACUGCGCUGAGCCUGCCCCCCGCCACGCCGCCUCUCUUCCUCUCUUCCUGUCCUUGUACACCUACGAGCUGUGCUACCCGACACCAGAGGAGGAGACGGCAGGGGACGCCCCACCUCCACAGCGCCCCCUGGAGGCCAUAUGCUAUCACGGCUCCUGUUUGGUGCAGUCCCUGGCGAAGUUCAAAGACCGCUCUCUGCUCAUGAACAGCCUCCACAGCCUGAGCCCUGCAGAGCUCCAGGGACUCGGGUCCCACCAGCUCGGCAGUCACGCCCUGCAGGCUCUAGUGACCACCUGCAGUGACAAGGGCAAGGGCAAAAUUCUCAGGAAAAUGGAGGGUACAUUUGUCCAGCUGGCCUGCUCUAGGUACGGGAGUCGCUUGCUAGAAGCGGUGUGGAAUAGCGCCACCGUGAGCCAAAGACAGAGCAUUGCACAGGAACUUGUUCCCAGUGAAUCCCAACUAAGAUCAGAUCAGUUUGGGCGACACAUUUGGCCCAAAUUUGGUCUUACACACUUCGGCAAGAGAAAGGCUCAUUGGAUGGAAAUUCAAACAGGGGAAUCAAAGAAGAGGAAAAUGUUCAGUGACAUCCUGGAGUGACAUUCAGGAAUGACAAUAAAGGAAUUGAUAUUACUUUUUUAACUGCCUUGGGAAGUAUAUUCUGUUCAUUCUGUUCAUAUUUUGUUCAAUAAAACACCCAUUGUCUUUCAAUUGAA